UCUUGACCAUUUUUAUACAAAAGAAGGAAUUUAGACGUCAUGUUUAUUUCGGCCGUCAAAAUAUGAAAAAAAAAAAUCAAGUACUACCAUAAGCAUAGUAAGCUGUUGAAGUAGACAGAUACUAUUGUCAAAGAGAAUCUUUCACCACCAUCUAUUAUUAAAAGCUGGUUGAUAAUUGGAAUAUUCUAUCUAGAAAAGACUUUGUCUAUUCCAAGUGCUCGGUUUAGUUUUACGUCUGAUUACUGUUUAAGGGUCAUAUCAAUCAACUUUGAACUAACAGAUAGAUUUAGUAACCACUUUAGGAAAAAAUAAGUGACUGACUUUGAGAAAAUGAGGUACAUUGAAAAUUCACAAGGAAAAAAAUAAUUAGACUCUUUAUCUUUUUUCUUUUUUUCUUUAUUUUUAAUUUGCUACUAUGAGUUGUCACUACUGUCAUUCUGAUGAAACGAUACUUUCUUUACGACAAGAACUUGCUAUAAAAAAUCAUCAAUUACAAAGACUUGAAUUAGAUUUAUUGACAUUAAAUCAAAAAUAUGUGGCAGAAAUUGAAAGGGUUGGAAAUAUUCAACACGAAAAAGACCUGGUUGAACAUGAAUUAGAAGACUUUAGUCGAAACCUAUUCGAAGAAGCAAAUGCAAUGGUCUCUAUUGAAAAAAGAGCUCGUUGGCAAAUAGAAAACGAAUUGGCACAGACUCAAGAACAACUCUUGGCAGAACGAGAUCAGUUACAUGAAUUAAGAUUAAAAUUGACAACAAACGAUGCCGUCAAUAAUAGCCGAAUUAAGAUACCUCCACAUAAUAUCCGGGCUCAGAUGGAUUUAGAAGAAUUACAUGGACUGAAACGUGCAAGUGCUAAUCAUCUGUACAACUACAAUAAUAAUGAAAAGAAAAGUACUCUCUCGCUGCCACCACCUUCAAAACCUGUCAUAUGUAAACAAAUAACAACUAUCGAUGAGUUACAAUUAGAAUCAUUUCGUGAAUAUACCAAUGCUGCAAAAAACUCAGUAUCACCGAAAAAGUUGAAUCAAACAAACUUUAUGAAGCAUUGUUUAUCAGAAGACGUUGAACCUUGCUUAAGAUUCGGUCCUCAAUCAAGGCUGUCUAUAAAAAAAAUGAUCAAUUAUCUUUCAAGGCAACCAUGCUUUAUUGAAAACGCUACUCACUUACAGCAAAACCAGCCGCAUCAACAUCAGCAACAACAACAGAGGCCACUGUGGGAAAGAUUCUCGAAUACAACGAUCAACAUUGUUGUGUCCAAUUCAUGUUCUGCUUGUGGAAGUAACCAGCCAUUAAACUAUAGAUUCAAACUCGAUGAAAAUGAGAAUUGGCUACCUAUUGAUCAAUAUUGUCGUGAUCGCCUAGUGGCCGUUUGUGAAUUCUUUGUCUUUAUCCGAAAUAUUCAAUUAGGCUUGUAUUCUGAUAGGACAAUACAAGAUUUAUACACUGAAAAUAUUAGGCUUCGGCUACAAAUGUUUUAUUCUCGAAUGGGUGCCCUUCCUGUUGUGUUAAAUGAUUUAGGGUUAGAUCCCAAUCAAGUUGGUAAGGCAACCGAGCCGACAAGCACUGUAGACGAUGGUUCUGAUGGCUCUAUAUCUACUGGGCCGAAUACACCAGAGCAACACUUAUCUCCAAUAAGUUCAACAUGGGCAAUCGAGUUGUCUAGUAUUAAAUCAUAAUAUAUAUAUAUUUCUCUAUUAAAUUAAAAUAAAAAAAAAAGGUCUCCUUAAAGAUCCUCUCCUGCUUUUGUCAUUAUAGAGAAUGCUUUUGGAUCCUUUACCCAAUCAAUAUCACUCUCCAUUAUCAAACCCUAUAAUCAUA